GGCCGGUAAACAAGUUGAUUAAAGGUGAAGUGGAAAUUCAAGAGAAUUGAACAAAUCGUUUAACUAAAGAAAAUUAAUAAAAAGAUGCCAGAAGCAACCAUACCAACCGUAGUUCUCGGUAACGCUACAAAGAUCCCAGUCUUAGGGCUUGCCAGUUGGGGAUGGAGUGAAAGUGCUCCUGACUCAAUCACUCAAUCUGUGAAAGAUGCUAUCGAUCUUGGAUAUCGCUUUUUUGACACAACACCCGGCAAGAAUGAAGAGGAGAUUGGUGAAGCCAUUUUUGCUAAGAUCAAGGAAGGUGUCGUCAAACGUGAGGAAAUAUAUCUGAUUGGAAAAUUGGGCGACUCGAAGGCAUUUCAUAAGCCUGAAUUGAUUAAGGAGGCACUGAUGACGACGCUAAGACACCUCAAUGUUGCUUACUUGGACAUGUACGUGAUUGACUGUCCCGAAGGUAAUUCAAUGUUUUCCAGUGACGCUUUCGUUGACACUUGGUACGAAAUGGAAAAACUUGUCGAUAAUUUCCUGGUCAAGAGCAUUGGCGUGUCGAAUUUCAACGAAGAACUUAUCAAACACUUGAUGAACAGUGCUCGCUUCGCACCGGCCGUAAAUCAAUUGGAAUGUCCACCAAGCUACACACAACGAUCGAUUAGAGACUACUGUCGAGAGAAACGGAUUUUCAUCACUGGUUACAACAUCACAGCAUCGUCUUCACUUAUUGAAGAUCCGGUGAUUCUUGAUUUGGCAAAGAAAUAUUCGAAAACUGCCGAACAGAUUCUGCUUCGCUAUCAAAUUGAUAUGGGACACAUUGCACUGUCCCAACUGCAAACAAAGAUGCAAAUGAAGAACAAUUUGGAAAUAUUCAAAUUUGAAUUGAGCAAAGGCGAUCUAUUGGCAAUGGAAAAACUGGAUCGUCGCACAAAAAUUUAUACUUGAAGGGAAUCGCGCUUGUCCGGUCUGAUUCUUCCUGUUGAUAAUUUCCGAGAAAAUUUAUUUACGAACACUCAGCCUGCGGUAUAGUUUCUUUGUGGAAUCGUUUCACAGUCUAAAUAUUAAAAUUUAAAACAAUCUUAACUUGUUAACACGUCAUAAAAUUCAUCGAUUAAAUGUUUUUGUUAAAGGCAAAACAA